GUCACGAUGGCCGCGGGCCGCAGGCAGCGCACGGAACUGCUUCCGUUCUCCUGCUCGCUACUCGUCUCACGGCCCUGCAGCUGCCCCGGGUGGGGCGAAGCGCAGCAUAUAUAAAAUACACCGCCGACCCCUCAGCAUACAUAUCGCAUAGCAUCACCAUGAAGAUAUUUAUCUGCCUGUUGGCCGUGGCGGUGGCCGUACAAGCCGGCUACAUCGGCGGCGGUGGCAGCAGUGGCUGGUCCAGAGGAGGCGGAGGUGGCGGCUGGUCCGGCGGCGGCGGUGGCGGAUAUGGCGGCGGCGGUGGCGGCUUUGGCGGUGGCCACGGCGGCGGUGGUGGUUAUGGCGGCGGCGGCGGCUUUGGCGGCGAGGUGAUAAAGAUUAUCAAAGUCAUCUCAUCUGGCGGAGGCGGCGGCGGCGGCGGUUACGGUGGUGGUGGCCACGGAGGCGGAGGCGGCGGAUACGGCGGCGGCGGUGGUUACGGCGGCGGCGGUGGCGGCUGGAAGAGCGGCGGUGGUGGCGGAUGGUCAAGCGGCGGUAGCGGUGGCGGAUGGAGACUCGGUGGCGGCGGCGGAGGCGGCGGCUGGUCCAGCGGCGGCGGCGGCGGCGGCUGGAAGAGCGGCGGCGGUGGCAGCUCUGGAUGGUGGUGAUCAACCCUAAGGACGAAGCCUAGUGAUGCUAAAU